GACAGCUCCUUGCCCAGAAUCGCCCCAGCAGGCACCACACUGACCCCGGAUUCUGACCCAGAGAGCGUGAAGACGCUGAGCUCUGACGCCCAGCGCGGACAGAACAGCACCCUGCCUCCUCUCAGUCCAGAGAGUGAAGUCCGCCGCGUGUUCAAGGCUAGUUCCAGGGCCUGGCAGGCGAAGAGCUCCUCUGUGUCCACCCCACCUCCCAUCCAGAUUGGUGGCCUGGUGACCCAGGAGGCCCCCCCUCAGGACAGCCCAGGCAGCUGGAUCAACUCCUCCCCUGACAGCAGUGAGACUCUGUCAGAGAUCCCGGCGUCCCACAAAGAAAGAAAGGAGAUCCUGACCAGCACCAAGUGCAUCUCGGUGAAGGCCGCCCGGCGGCGCUCACGGGCCCUGGGCACUGGGGGGCGCCACCUGCCGGCGCCCGCGACAGAGCGCAGCAGCCUGUCCCUGCACUCGCUGAGCGAGGCGGACGACGCGCGGCCCCCGGGCCCACUGGCCUGCAAACGGCCGCCGAGCCCCACCCUGCAGCAUGCUGCCAGCGAGGACAACCUGUCCAGCAGCACGGGCGAGGGCCCCUCCCGGACGGGCGGGCCUCGCGGUGAGGGCUCUGGGCCCUGGCUGCGUGGCCAGAAGAAGAGCCUGGGCAAGAAAAAGGAGGAGUCGCUGGAGGCGAAGAGGAGGAGGCGACGGUCCCGGUCCUUCGAGGUCACGGGGCAAGGGCUCUCCCGCCCCAAGACGCACCUCCUGGGGCCCCGUCAGGUGGAGAGCAUCUCGGACCACAAGAUGCCCGCGUGCAGACACCCAGCCCCCGGCCUCCGACAUCAGGGAAAGGUCACGCUGCCUUUGGCCAAAGUCAGACUCCCUCCAAGUCAGAACACAGGCCCUGGGGACACCUCGCCCCUUGCUGUGCCCCCCAACCCAGCUGGCGUUUCCCGACGGGCUACACGUGGGCCUCACCUGCCCCACGGCUCAAACACCCAUGGCAAAGAGGGACGCUUCCAGCCUAACUAAGGGUCCCCGCCUGGAACUUGCCCCCCAAGACUGGAUGGG